UCGCACCCCCUCCGGUGCCGAACGCGCCGUGCCAGCACCGCCGGGAGGAAAUGGGAAGCCAGUGAGCGGAUCCGUGCCGGUGCCGGCGCCCGCGAUGACCCUGGUGCUGCCCAUGCAGCGGCUGGGCCGCCCCAUCGCCGCCGAGGGAGCCGCCGACCUCGCCGCCUACCGCGCCCUCUGGGAGCCGCCCUGCUGCGGCCGCCCCGGCCCCGCCGCCCCCCCGGCCCCGGCCCCGGCGGCCCCCGGGCCCCCAGCCGCAGGAUCACAUUACAGGGGAAUUUCAAAUCCUGUAACAACAUCCAAGAUCACAUACUUUAAAAGGAAAUAUGUGGAAGAAGAGGAUUUUCAUCCACCACUCAGCAGCUGUACACAUAAAACAAUCUCCGUGUUUGAGGAGCGGGCCCAUAUUCUUUACAUGUCUUUGGAAAAGCUGAAAUUCAUUGACGAUCCUGAAGUCUACCUGCGGAGAUCCGUCCUCAUCAACAAUCUAAUGAAGAGAAUUCAUGGAGAGAUCAUCAUGCAGAACAAUUGGUGCUUCUCCGCCUGCUCCUUCAGUGGCACCUCACCACAAGAGUGGUUUGUGCCUCAGGACUGUCCGUACAGAAAACGUCUUCGGAUGGCAAAGGAGGAGUAUGAGAAGCUCCACAUGUGCUGCUUCUAUCAAGAAUGUGGCAGUCACUAUUUAAAUCUACCCUACUCUGUUAAUGCUGGUACAGAAAAUACUUCCUCCUCUUCCUCCUCCUCCUCUUCCUCCUCUUCCCCCCCCAUUUCUUUGCCAAGCUGUUCCCAGCAGGUGGAUUAUGACGUUGGCAGUGCACCUUCUUACAGAAGUGAUGACCAGAUACCUGCUAAUGAAAUAUUCAUCACUACUGGCAGGUCUCACAGUAAUCAGGAAAAAGCAAAAUUUAAUGAUGAGAAAGGAGGUAAUGAACCUGAGCAAGGGAGCGUUGCUCUAAACUGUGAACCUGUAAGAGGCACCCAUGCUGUCGAAUGUAGAGGCAAAUUUUAUGACUAUUUUGAGACUGGAUGUAAUGACAAGAGCAACGUAAGUGAAUCUUGGAAAAAAUCCUUAAGGAAAAAGGAAUCUUUACCAAGUAAUAAAAUGUGCUGCAACAAAGGAAGCAAAAUAUGAGGCAUCUUUCUUGCUCUGUUGAAGCAUGCACAGCACGUUCUUUCUCUAUCAAAUUUUUAUUUUGAAUGGAUUUUUUAUAGUUUUCUACAAAUGGUACAAUCAUGCCACAAACAUGGCAUGUAGUUCUAAAUGACUGGAGAGCAGAUUGCGUAAAGACACUCUGUGAUCUGCAUCAGCGGGCUAUUUAUAAAUAUGGUGACUUCAUAAAGGAGGCAGUUGCGUUACUGCUGAGACUGGUGUAGCUAUGGUGUAGCUUUCAUUACUGAAAAUGCCAAUCAGCCAGAUGGGGAAAACAUAUCGUUUUAUAUAUCCCCGCCCCCAAGAAGUCUGCCAUUAAUUAAGAAGAACCUCCAUUAUGUUUACCAAGGAAUUAGAAGUCUGGUAAACAAAUUGAUGCUACCAGCAAGGAUGAUGUGCUCCUUGUAACUCGGUGUUCCUUCUGACAAAGGACUGUCUUCAUGGACUAGGAUUAGACCAUCCUUAUGUUUUGUACUGAUACUCUUGAACUCCUGGAUUCAGCGUCUUGUUCAACUGACAAAAUAGGACAUAGCAUAAAGAAAUAACCUGUUUAUGGGAUCUUAAUAAGAAUGAGACAUGCAGCUCAAGUACUUGCGUGUUUUCACCUCGGCUGUAAUAACUAAUGAGGCUUGUUAUACAGGGCAGAUUUUUUUUUGGUGCCUUACGUUUUGUCUUAAUUUUUGCCAGCGUGAAAAUUAAGUAUGAAUCAGUGAUACAGCAGGGAUUUAACCUAAACAGAGAUUAAAAAAAAAACCCACAGGGUGGAUCAAUAUUAUUAGAAACCUUUAACCUUUGAAGUACUGAGUUCAACUUCCUAUUCAAACAUCUCUGUUCUUCCUUUUUGAUGCUCAAUUGCUUUUUGAUUUGCUAUCCUUAGGAAGGGAUUUGAGAAACAAUAGAGAGAUGUCUCUUGUAAACAAGCAUUCGAUGCUUGAGUGUUUCUAUGGCAACUGUCUGUUGCUGGGCUCUUUUUUUUUUCCUUCUUCGUAUAAUGAAGUUCAUGAACCAGUGGCAUGUUUUAUACUUUAUUCUGUUUUGCAUAAUUUCUCUCUUUUAGAUUGCAAAAGCAUGCGGGAGUUUUCUAUGACUUUUGCUGUUGAUUUAAAAAAAGACAAGAAAAGAAGGCAAGAAGCACAAUGUUAAUUAAUAAUGUGACGUUAAACACGGUUUUAUCUGAAUGAAUGUAAGGGAUUUAAUUUUAAAAAAGAAAAUUUUGGAGAAAUGAGCUGAGAUUUCAGAGGCUGAGUACAACAUUUAUUCAUCCCUAGGUAGAUGGUUUGCAAAAGUGUGCUGUUUAAAAUGCCCAGAAGACAUUAUUCGUGGUUGGACUGAGAGUGAGUCUUAGAUCCACCAAAUUAAUUAGUUCCCACAGUCCCUAUAACAACUGGCAGGAUGCGCUCAGCAAAAUAGCCACAUCCAAGCCACAGCUGACUCAUAAAUAGCUGGCUGUUCCCGUAGCAUCGUGCACUGAAGCAACAUGCUCUCUUGCUUCUUGUCCAAAGGGUGGAAACCACCUCUGUGCUGGGGGAACAGCCAGCUCAGCACAGGGCAUGAGGAUCGCUGGGGGGACACUGCCCUGAGCUCCCCCAGGCUUGGCACUGGAGUCAGCCAGGUCUCUGUUUCUGAGACCUCCUGCUCUGGGUUUCAUGGGUUCAGCCUGAAUCCUUUGGAGCCACGGUUAUUUUGGGUAGCGUGUGCACCCCCCAGCCACAUUUGCAAACUGGAUGGUCUUUUGUCAGAAGGACCAGUGGUCACUGGAAAAAAGCCCCCCCGCUGCACCUGAAGUGACCACAAAAGAGAGCAGGAUGUCAAUCAGUGAUAACCUUUAUGAAGUCAGGUGAGUUUAAACUGAUAAGUUUGUAAGGGUUAUCAUUGUGAAGAGUAACAAAUAAAGGAAGUACAAGUCCCACCUGAUUUCUCCAAGACAGAAGCUUUUUUAUUAAUAAUAAUAAUAUUAAAUAUAGAUCUCAUUCAUACAGUGUAUGAGUAGGAUCAUAAUUUAGACAUUUGUCCACAAGGACCAAUUUUUUAAAAAAACUGAUUUUUCUUGUGUUAUACCCAGAUAGUUUAGUAAUGUCUGCUCUUUUCCAAUAUUUGAUAAACGCUUGAUGUUUUAAGCUUAAAUAUUAGAUGCUUGUAUACUAAUGUGUUGUUGUAGUAAAGUGAAAUUUCCUUGAUAUAUAUUUAUUAAAAUGACCAAAAUUCAUUUUAAUUUUACAUCUCCAAUGGCUACUGGAUCCUUUCCCCCGUGUUCCCCUCCCUCACCAAAGAAAAUGCCAUUUAAUCAAACUGCUCACUGCUGAAGAGGUUACAUGGCAGUUGACUGUGCCCCUCAAGCUGGGCCCAUGAGGGAGCUCAGCCUUCUUGGGGUUUCAGGAGCCUUUAGGACAGUCUGAAGGUGCACUGAGAAGCAACAGAUUCUCUGCAGACUUGCACGUUCAGCCAAGGAAAACACCCGGCUAAAUGCUGCCCAAACCACAAAUCACCUAACACUUUUGGGGGGGCUGAAAGCUUUCUGACCCUAAGGGGCUCCUUGGUCUUCAAGAACAAGCCUGCACACAUAACCUGUCGCAGAGGCUUCUCAGUUGAAUUUGCACAAGCUACAGUGAUGGAUCAGCAGAACUCUGUCUACUCUGGCCUCUCUAAUGGCUUCUUUAGUUCCAGGGACAUGUAGAAAUUAACCUGUCACAGCUCUGGACAGUCUUAUUGUCAUAAGGGUCUGUAAGGGAUGAAAUGUCAUCUGAUGAAGGUUGGCCUGUGGAUAAGUGGUCUUUGUCUGGACCCUACCUCACAAAAUAAUAGCAAAUACUGAUGGUAUAUGUGUUGGACUCAGGAGUCCAGUGAGUUGCCUUGUUUGCCUCAGAGGAGACAUAGGUAUUUCAUGUUAGAAAAGGGAGUUGGGAAGACCCUUGUCCAAUUGCCAGAAAUGCAAUAGACCUUGAUAGGAUUUCCAGCCUGGGCUAGGCUGAAUGGAUUUCCUGGUUUAAAUUUGGGUUGGUUUAUGACAUGUGAAGACUGUAAAACUGAUAGGCCUUUUCCCCACUGCACACUCCAGUACUAAGGACAUUUUGCUAGUAUCACAAAUUUUCAAGAAAUAGGUCUUUUACAAGAUUACACUAGUGUCUUUCAUCUGAAUGUCCCACACAUAGCUGCUAAAUGAAUGUUCCUGAACUUGAUCCUGGCCUACCUGCCACGAAGAACUGGACAGAAAGCUUCUUUUUAGGGAGAUUGCUUUACUCUCUAUCAUGACACUCUGGUUCUAGAGUGUAAGACUAUAAAGUGUUUGCCUUUCAGCACAUGGCAAACAGCAACAGAAAAAGAUGUUUCUGUUGUCACAUCUAUAUUACUGUUGCUAGGAACAGAAGUGUUAUCUUCAGAAGCCAGGUAAUACAUUUCUCUUGAAAACGCACAGUUCAUUUGAGUUGAAAAAACUGUGUUCCUUUUUCAAAGCACGUGGCAUAAUAUCAUUGUGCUUCAUACGUACUCACUGUUUUUGGUAAAAUUUUACUAUUUUUACUGUAUUAGCUAAUCUGUUGAAACAGCUUAACAUGGUUACUUAAGCAUCCCCAGCGCUCAGACAGCCUCAGCUGGCACCGAUGUGCAGUGCCAGCAUAGCAGCUGGUUCCAGAGAGAAAACAGACACAGGCUGAGCCGCAGAAAUGAAGUGCUUCUUUCAGUCCUGAAGGUGUUACACCCCAAAGCAAAAUUGUGGUAGAGACGUUUUUCACAUUUCGUCUUUCUGUGCACUCUCCAUCCUCCUUUUGCAUCCCUCAUCUACCAUCUGUCCUUUCACUGUUGACCAUGACACACUGCCAGGGUGGUUUGGUGGAUGUCACCUCCUUUUGGGUUUGUGCAGGAGUAGCAGGGAGUUGGUUCAGAGCCACCGCAUGAGCUAAAAUUUAAACAAACUAACCAGGGUGCAGUGUAUCUCAGCUGCUUCAUGGCCCCUCUGGAGGCUCAUGCCAGUUGUGACACCCCCACUACCCAAAUGGCUUUUCCAGCUGCUGUGGUAGUGAUCUGGUGAUUAGAGGGCUGUGGCUGAAGUAGAGAUGUGAAGGUGAUUUCUAGCCUGGAUUUGACUUGUGUCCUUUCAUUGCCUUCUUAAGCUAAAGGUGUAGUAAGAGGUAUAGCAAAUGCAAUUGCUGCUUACUCAUGCCAGGAACCUUGAUAAAAGAAGUUUCUUGAGUUUUAUCACAAAAAAAAAAGCCAGUCAGUCACAUCAGAGAAAGGUUUAAACUGCUGUGGGGUAUAGGAUUUCAUCUGGUGUUUUAUUCAGUGAAUAUAACCCUGGUGCAGAAGCCUCCCAGAGGGACCUGACCUUUUCAUUGUCCAUCCCUUGCUUUGUAACCUCGAAGAAAGGGGCUGCCCUUGCUUUCUGGAGGUCACCAUUUGGGCUUCUCAGUACUGGUAUGAGUUUUUCCACAGCUGCACAAAGCACCCCAGAGGCUUUUCCUGGCAGGGUGUGCAGAGCCUGCUAAACGAUCGUAGCCAGGAAAGCGUUGCAAAGGAUCCUGCUGGAAAUGUUAGGAGAUGCGAAUCUUCCACAAGGCAUCCCAUGUAACAGCCAAGCCGCUCAGUCAUGACUACUUGGAAUACACAGUAAUUUCCUGUGUUUUUUCAAUCUCACUUAAACUUCUCUGACAGAUGGGGAAAGAUGACUAAACCAAGGGAGUUUACAAAAGUUCGUCUUGUGGUGUUUGCAAACUGUCUCUGUGAGGUCCAUUUUCUGUAAUGUAAACACAGCCGUGGCCAGGUGCCGAGUGCCUUCCCAGCAGUUAAUCCUGCUCAGUUUAAGGCUGCUAAUACAAGGUGUGCCCGGCCAGCCAGGUCCACACUGAGGGGCUGAAUAUGAACCAGCCCAGGGCUAAGGAGUGUUAGGGUGAGACCUUCACUCUCUAGGCUCUACACAGAGAGCAUAAAGUGAAGACCAAAUUUACUACUACUGGUCAGAAGCUUUCCAAGAGGUCUUGGGUCAGGUGUAGAAGGUUAGAUUAAACUCCAGGGGAGUAAUCAUGUGAAAGCUGUUGCCUUUGGGGCUGUCGUUGGCUUGUUGUUGCUCUCCCUAGUCUUUAAGUCAGAGCAAGGAACAGAGGGCACCUUGGGGAAAGUGAGGUUUUGGUUUCUUGGCUUCGCAGAAGUGGUGCAGACUGCAAGAUAUGCAAAGCUUUUUCACCAGAUCCAGGUAGGCAAGUGUGUUAACUUCUUUUAAUCUCUGUGCUCAAGUUACCCCUUUGAGGAAUGCAAGAAGUGUGAGGAGAAGCCAUAAAGGGUAGUCUGUGUACACUCAGAAGUAUGCAAGAUGAGCAGAAAAACCCAAACACCAACAGAACCCCCAAAGCAGGGAUGUACUGAAUUUGAAAAGUAACUUAGCUUCCAUGGCUAGUAAUUCUUCUCGAUUAAUACAGCAUCAUUCUCCAGUUUACUGGAGAGAGCAUCUAAUCUGUCAUACUGGGAUUGCAGAAAGGAGAUAAAUGGUCUGUCUGCUCAAGGUCAGUCCAUUUACUGCUACCUCUUGUAGUGGUACUUCCCCUGUGGAAUACCCCACCAGAUGCAUCUUUCUUUAUGGUGGUCUCUGUCUGCUCCUGAAACAACUAAAGGCUCUGGCCAUUGUAGAGGAGGAUGAUGGAGUGGCAACAGUUGGUUGUUGUGUUUCCUCCAUGAGAUACUGGUGUGUACAAGUCUCCAGCAAGCUCAGAGGGACCCCGCAACAUCCCUUCUACCAUCCCCUCACUGCCUUAUAUUCCUAAUACAGCAUUUUUACUUGUGAACUGUGACUGGGGUCAAUGCUCUCUAACAGUUUUCUGGCUACUAUUUCAGAGAAUUUUUGCAGCUGAGUGAUGGGCAAUGGGACCCUUGGCUGGCAUGAGAUAAUGGCGUGCCACUGAUUUUUGGAGAAGUUGGGCCUGGUCCUAUAAGCCAACCACCUACACCUUUGGUUAUUGUUGGUUUAGUCUUUUUCCCUCGCUUCAUUUUCUUAAUCAGAACAAGUUUCAAAUGACAGUCCCUCUCUUCCACCCCAUACUGUGUGGGACUGGCUGCUCUGUAUUUAACCCUUUAGUUAGGAAAAACCUCUGAGAGUGGGAGUUCAGGUUGAGAAGCAGGUUGUUUUCAAUCCAGUUUUAUUCUCUUAUUCCAAAAUAGUUUCUGUCUCUUGGUGUAUGUGUAAAAUCUGUGCUCUAUUCCUUCAUCAACCCUAAAAACCCAUGUAAUUUUUUUUUUCCUGCCCAUCCAUUGCUCUUUCAGGGUGAAAUCCUCUGUACUUUGGUCUAUGAGUAGGCCCCAUGAACCAGCCAUAUGACUGCCAUGGGGCCAUUUAUUCCUUUGAAUAAAGUAAUGUAGUUUUGACUCAAAAUGCAGUUCUCCUUUGUCUUACAAACCAUCAGACAGUGCACAUAAAUCUAGGUGUUGCUAGCCUUUAAGUUUAAUGUAACGCUCUAACUUUCAAUGUUGUUUUCCUCAAACUUAUCUUCUGUGAGUCUCAACAAUUAUGGCCAAAGCUCCCUGUAUUUUCCUCAUUUCUUUUAAUAUUGUAAUUAUUAUUGCCUUAAAAAUAAAGUUUGAGUAAUUUUUAAA